AUGGGACAAAACCAACAAGCACAGUACCAGGAUGUCGAACUGGAGUUAAUAAGCAUCCAGGACCUCUAUAAGUCAUUCAUCAAGGAGUGCCCCAGUGGAUCUUUGUACCUGCAUGAGUUCAAGAAGAUGUUUGGAGUACAGACUGGCACACCCGAAUCUGAUUACAUGGACAACAUCUUCAGAGCAUUUGAUAUGAAUAACGAUAACACAAUGGACUUUAUAGAGUAUGUGGCUGCACUUAAUCUUGUCCUCCGAGGAAAACUUGAAGAUAAGCUGCGAUGGUCCUUCAAGGUGUUUGACAGCGACGACAACGGUUAUCUUGACAGAAGCGAACUACGGAAAAUUGUUAAGAUUAUUUACAGAAUAAAGAAAGGCUCUGUGCUCGAUGCAACAGGAACAGUGACCCUCACUUCUGAUCAGGUGUGUGAGUGCAUCUUUCGAGAGGUCGAUGUGAACAGCGAUGGUGAGAUUACACUUGAGGAGUUUGUGGUGGGAGCUCAGAAGAGUCCGUGGCUACAGAGCUUCCUAACACUUGAUGUCAAUCCUAAUGGAUAUGUCCACAAGUUCAUGUGUGACAGGAAACUCGUGGAAAACAAAGACUCCUGA